AUGAAUAAAAAAAUUGUGUUUUUGGAAAAUGCCUUUUCACAAAGUUGCACAGAUGAUUUGUUGUUUGAAUUAAAGCUACGUGUUUAUAACAGAAUUUUAAAACUGAGUUCGUACGAUUUUUCUGAUAAAAAAAGUGCCAUCCAAUUGCUAAACGAAAUGUAUGACAUGAGGGCAAAUAAAAAUGCCCCUUACUUUUCUCUUCAAACGCGUCUUCAGGAUUAUGGAGAAAUUAUGAGCAGUGAACUUUACCACAUGAAGGUGUACCGUUCUGCUUCUUCUUCCUGCCUCAAUUCAAAUCAGCCUGUACAAAAUUAUCGCCCAUACGCCCAUAUAAAAAGCCACGCGCAAGAACACUCUCUCGAAAGAAACAUUGCAAAAAAAAUUGAAGAAAUGAAUAAGUACAGAUUUGAUCCAAUAACAGACUACAACGGGGUUGUAAAAAACAACAUCAGAGACAACUGCUACUACGAUGUAGAUUUUUAUCACUUCCUCGAUUGUAUCCACAAUAUGGACCAAGGUACUUUGUACAAAAAGACCCAAAUUGCAGAAUAUAAAAAACAUUUGAAAAACAGCUUUGCAGACAAUUCGCUCUUUCAAAUUUAUUUCAACUUCCUCACGUACAUGUCCAAUAACCCCAACAUGUUUCAUCACAUGAAGAAAUAUUUGCAUUUCCAUCCCUACUCUACCAAGUUGUUAAAAAACAGGACGUAUUACUUUAACAUGGAUUUGCUCAAUGUCAUUUUUACCUUUGACAACGAAGCUUUGGGUGAACUUAAAAGUGUCCUCACCUUAUUCCCUACUUCUCCCUCCCUCGAUGAGGUGUUCACUGCAGUCUCUCUGAUGCACAUGCCACUUGGCGGAUCAUAA